AACUAAUGACAACGAAUCCAUAGCUUCCGGUUGUAUUAUAUUCACGGUUUUUAUUUUAUUUUUUUGAUUUGCAGUGUUUAUUGCGGUUAGAGAUCGCUGUCUCUAACGCUUUGCCGUGCGCAGCAGGGUUGCCAGAUCACGUCUAAAGACUAGCCACCUCUUCAUUUAUUUCUGCACAGCAUUAUUGAUAAACGAUAAGACUUCUAGGAUUGUAGAAACAUCCCGGUUUCUGACUGUAAUUAUACAGGGCAAUAAGAGUUAACCGAGAUGUUGCGUGAAGCUGGGUUGAGAGACUGUGUGCGACUAUCUGGCAACCGUGUUGGUUGUUGUGAUAGCAAUCUGGCAACCCGGGCAGUGCGGUUAUCGGAUCACCUGUUGCAAUCGGAGCACUGCAGGGAGGGAUUUGCGGAGUUAAUAUUUCAGGAAUGUCUGUUUUGGUGAGUUUUUAACGUCGAUGGAGGGUCGUGCAGGGGGGAAAAAAAGAAAGAAAAAAAAAAGGAAAGCACUAUAUUGACUAACCUGAUGUAAAAAUAAAUAUAUACAUAAAUAAAUGUAUUUUUUAUUUCAAUGGUUAAUAGAAACAUAAUUAUUAUUAUUAUUAUUAUUAUUAUUAUUAUUAUUAUUAUUAUUAUUAUUAUUUAGUACUCAUGGAGGGAGGGAGAGAUAGAGAGAGAGAAUCCCAGAGAAAUCCUAAAUUACCCUAAUCUAGAUACCUAGAUAAACUCAUUGUAAUCCCCUUAUUGAAAUAUCGCGAUAUUACCGCCUCGUUUAUAUUUACUUGGUUAUAUACUUAGAUAGAUAGAUAGAUAGAUAGAUAGAUAGAUAGAUAGAUAGAUAGAUAUUUUUUAUUGUACUUUAUAUAUUUUGUCUUAGAUGUAUGUUCCCUUACACCGUAGUGUUUAGAAAGAAACUCAAAGAUGUUUUUUGUUUGUUUGUUUAUUUAUUAAUUUAUUUAACUAGUGUUACACAGCAGCAGCCUAUAAGUUGUUGCCAUAGUGACCAAAAACCUGUCAGAAAAAAACGGAGGAUAGCAACCCACACGAUUUGAAAUAUUAUCCCUUAACGUUAAACUUUAGUUCUUUUUCUUUCUUUCUUUCUUUGUUUUUUGUUUGUUUGUUUGUUUGUUUAUAAAUAAAAGAGACUCUUCCUAUUUCCUUAUUUAUGGCCAAUUCCACAACGGAUUACAUACAGGGAAAGGAUACCGUUCGGCGUUCUCUCUCUCUCUCUCUCUCUCUCUCUCUCUCUCUCUCUCUCUCUCUGUUUCUCUUUCCCUCCUUCUCUGUCAUUCUUUCUGUACCGAUAAACCCGUUUAUUCCAUCGAUAUGUCAGCAGCAAAACUGAACCACAGAUAUGGAAUACAAGCAAAGCUGAAAUGAUCAGAGCUAAAGUGGAAGAAGAAGAAGAAGAAGAAGAAGCAGAAAGACCGACAGCUCGUCCCCCGCAUCACGGUCAUGGAGACAACCGAUGGCUAUCUAGCGAGUAACGGCGAGUGCUCUCCCAGGAAGGAGGGCAGCAGAAUGCAGGUGGACCUGUCGCUCCACACACACAACGGGCAACAUUCCCAAAGUCCCACAUCUCCCUCCGCGCAUAAGAUCAAACAGGAGGAGGGAACUGAAGAGGACGCAGAGAGAAGAGCCGUAAGCCAAGACGAGACGACCCACAGUGGGGAAGAAGGGUCGGUAUUGGAAGAGCCUAUGAUUGACAGCCCGAACAACCUACAGGACGUCGGAGGCGGAGCCGAGGCACCGCCUGACGCCGCGAUACGGCUGCCCAAUGGUGAUCGUCCGUUCCAGUGCAACCAGUGCGGUGUGUCCUUCACCCAAAAAGGAAACCUGCUGAGACACAUCAAGCUUCACACAGGCGAGAAACCCUUCAAGUGCCCAUUCUGCAGCUACGCCUGCCGCCGCCGUGACGCCCUGACAGGCCACCUGCGCACACACUCCGUUGGUAAACCACACAAAUGUAACUACUGUGGGCGGAGCUACAAGCAGCGCACAUCAUUGGAGGAGCACAAAGAGAGGUGCCAUAAUUACUUGCAGAGUGCUGGGAUGGACUCCACCCCCAAUCCGGGUCCGUAUGCAGAGGUUCCUAAAGAGCCGAGACCUCUGGGAGAGGUAGCCAGCAUAGUGCCCUUCGAACGGCCGCCUGUCAUCGAGAGACUGCAAGCCAACGUGGCCAAGAGGAAGAGCACUACGCCACAGAAAUUUGUUGGAGAGAAGAUGGUGCGCUACGCCUACCCUGACCUGAACUUCGACGUUGGCCUCAAGUACGAGAAGGAAGCAGAGAUCAUGCAGGCUCACAUGAUGGACCAGGCACUCAGUGGCUCCCUCGCUUAUAUAAACAGCGAUACUCUGCGUCCCAUAAUGUCUCACCCGCCGCUGGCCAUGCCCGAGGUGGUGUCCAUGGUCAACCCCCUGUUCCACUCCGUGUAUCCCCUCGGCCCGCGCCUGGAGCGCCCGAACAGCCGCGAGUCUCUCCACGUGCCCCACCAUCCAGCCCACCAAUCGGAGUUUUCCGCCCGCGCCAACGGUGGCAUCGCCCUGGCACGGCCCAAAACCUCGCAUGCGGUCCGAGGGGAGGUGCACGACGGGCGCGACCGCUCGCCCAGCAACAGCGGCCACGACUCGGCCGACUCGGCUCGCAGCAGCCCACGAGACAAACUGGUGAAUCAGACGAGCGCCAGCGUCAGGGCAGCGUUGGCACGGCCGGACGAGAGCGGCCAUCCGCCGGGUGUCAGAGACGGGAUCCGAGUGUUCGGACCGGGAGGAAACGAGGUGCGGGUCUUCCAGUGCGAUCACUGCCGCGUGCUUUUUUUAGAUCACGUCAUGUACACCAUCCACAUGGGCUGCCACGGCUACAGAGACCCCCUCGAGUGUAACAUCUGCGGCCACUGCUGCAAAGAUCGCUACGAGUUCUCCUCGCACAUCGUCCGCGGCGUGCACACCUUUCGUUAAGGAAGGAGAUGCAAACUCGCCCCCGGGGAUCCAGGAUCCCAGACGGCGUCGGAGAUGUCCAGCCGAGCAGCCAUAUAUAGCAAAUACGUAAUAUGAAGGUUUAGGUCCAGCAGGUUUUGAUUUUGAUUUCGAAGGCGAUAUAUUUGGGUGAGGGUUUUACUUUAAACAUGUAGAGGAUGUGAACGAUGUGUUGAAAUUCUCUCCGCAUACACAGACACUCACUUUUUUUUCAAUUUUUUUUUUUUUUUUAAUCUACUGCACCAUCCAAAAAACAGAGCAGCUAUAUUAGCUUAAACGUCAUGAAGGGUUUUCUGUUUUUUGUUUUUAUUUUAUUUUAUUUUAUGCGUGUGCGCAUUUGUUUGAUCUUUAGUGCGUCUUUUCUUGCCGUCGUCCCUGUCACAAAAGGUCUAUUCGAGAUUUUAUAGAUGUCGCCAUAUGAGUGUAUCAGGAACAAAGUGCUCUUGUGCACAAGGGACCUUCAGGGGAAUAGAGAAAAGACUAAUAAAUGUUACUCUUUUUGUUCUUGUUGUGUUGUUUUUUCUUUCAUUCUUUCCUGCGCUGCUGUUUUCUCAGUGCCUUGCCGAUGUUUGGACUGUUAUGAUUUUCGAGCUUGCCUUUUCCACCAUUUUUCCACCAUGACCUAUUAUUAUAACCUUAGCAUUAGAGGUUGCUUUAUUGUUAUCGUUAUUAUUAUUAAUUUUUUGUUUUCUUUUUCGAUUUUCACUAUGAGUAUGUGCAGGAUCACACUCUCCCCUUCACGCUUGUGUACUACUAUGCUCCCCAUGCUGGCAUUGUGAUGUAGCUUUGUAGCCACAUUAAUAGACAGCAAUUUCUUUCUUUCUUUCUUUUUUUCUUUUAAGCAGCAUUCUGCACUGCAGCACAACUUAACAAGCCUCUUAAUUGCACCGGUAGCACAGUGUCUUAUCUGUUUGUCAUUGUAGCUUCUCCUUCACUAACCCACUCACUCAACAGGUAAUGAUUACAGCCCGCACUUUAUCACACUGCUUUAUUAUUAUGCUGGUUAUUACAAAAGCUCUCCUCUGGAGCGCUGGGUAUUCGCUUGUUUUCUUACACCUCAGGUUGGAAUUGAAAAAAGGUAGGUUCUCUACUUCUGUAGAUGAAAGUGUAGUGGUGUUAAAGCUAAAUCUGAUCCAGUGUUUGGACUGCAUUGACCAAAAAUUGUACACCGGAAAAGCCUGUAGAUAAAACGAUUAAUAAAAACGCACAGCUUUUUUUUUUAGUUGAUUAGAACUCCGAGCGUGCUCUGUUUGCAUAUUUUAUAUUGUUAAAUUAAAAAAAGAAAUCAAAACCUAGUGAAUUACGCCGACCUGUAAUCCGAUACUAUUAUAUAUAAUCAUACCACAGCACUGUUCUAAUUCUGUAAUCUGAUUGGUCAGAAGGUUGAUUCGUUUUCUCAGAGAAUCGUUACUGUUGCAUGACAAAUCUCACUUCUUGUUGUUUUUUGUUCUUUUUCUUUUAAAUGAUUUUCGAUGCACUCGUUCUAAUUCGUUACUGCUACAUAGAAAGAGCGAGCGCUUACACGGGGACUUGUGUGUACAGCGGAAGCUCCUUAUACUUACGUAAAAAUGAAAAGAAAAGAAAAAAAUCGUGUAAGCGUUGACAUGGUGAUGAGUUUUCCUCGAGGCGACUGUGAGUUUAUUUAACUUUAUGGAAGCAGUCUCCGGUGUCAGCGCUUUGUAACAGUCAAAGUUACAAAAGCUGCGUUUUUUUUUUUUGUUGUUGUUGUUUUGUUUUGUUUUUGUUUUAACGACUUAAAGAGAGGGAACGGCUGUGUGUAGCUGCUAUAACUUGUCUCGUGGGUGUUUCACGAUAUUAAACGUAACUAUAAACGGAUAAAGAGUACAUGCCGUUCCUUAACGAACUACAGGACGAUACGGAAUCGUUAGCAAACUGCUGUGGUAUAAGAGGAAUAGAAUAAAACACUUCAGGAUGUGCGGUGAUGGGAAAAUAAUCAUCGGCGUCCGUGUCGCGUGGUAGGCGUUACGCCACUUCAUCGCGAUGCCGUGUCGUUUAUGAUUUUCCCAACAGAGCGUGCUUCGAAGUGUCUUAUCCCUUAAUUCUUCCUCGGUCGAACUUUUUAAUGACGCUGGUGUGAACCUUUUGGAAAGAAUGAUAAGUUGCUAAUGCGUCUGUGAUGCUGCUUUCGCGUUGCUGUUAUAAGCGGAGGCAAGUCAGCAGAGCCUGGAUAGCUUGAACAGUUUCGAUGAUCUGACACCUGUAGCCUUAUUGCUUCCUGUUUCUUCAGUGCUUCGAACACUCGUUCUCACUUUGAGGUGUUUUUUUUUCUUUCUUUCUUCUAUCUUCGUCAUGGUGCAUGGUGAUCACUGUAAGCAUUGUGUGCUUUCUGAGCUUUUCACAUUUUCUCACCUUAACUAUGUGGAUUAUGGGUAAAAACUGUGAAUGAUCUCGAGGCCGUGAGUCGUAGCACUGAUCGAACACACACAUUCCUCUUUACAUAAACUUGUUGUUUUGUUUUUUGUUUUUGUUGUUGUUGUUUUUUUUUUGUGUGAAUUUUAUUUUUCGAACACAAGUAUUGAAAGUCAGUAAACGAAAUGACCAGUUGUAUGUGUUUUCAUUGAAUUUAUUUGCUUGAAUCUUUUUCUGUCCAAGUCUUUUUGUUUUGUAUUUUUUAUUUCGAUUUUUUUUUUUCUUUUUGUGCACUGUAGCGUUUUUAAAUGGAAAAUGUCGAUUACUUGUAGAAAGAAAAAAAAAAAGAAAAAAAAAAAACGAGUCUGGAGAUUUGUUACAUAUCAUGGCUUUACAGUCUGGAUUAUGUUUAAAAAAUAAAUAAAUAAAUAAAUAAAAGAACAAAAAAGGACCCAAAGAAAGAGGUGAAGGACGCAUCGACGUAAAGACUAUGUUUACAGCCACAAGCACACGAGUGUUCAUUUAUUAAAUCUACUCUUUGGGAUCAGUGGAACGUACUUGAAGUUAAAUCAGUGGCACUCAGAGUCUAGCUUGUUAUUACAUUCACGUGUAAUGGGUUGAUAUUUUAACAUUACUGUAAAUAUAUAUAUUUUUGUGAACGAAGUGUUUUGUUUUUUUAUUACUGUGGGCCUUACGAUCAGCAAAAACGAGUGUAUUUUUAUAUAUAUAUACAUAGAUAUAUAUAUAUAUAUAUAUAUAUAUAUAUAUAUAUAUAUAUAUAUAUAUAUAUAUAUAUGUAUAUAUAUACGUAUAUAUGUAUACAUAGCGACUAUAUGUAUGAAUGAAAUGCAGUAUAUUUUGGUACAGAAGUUAAACCGGGUUUAUCUUUUUUUUUUUUUUCCUGUGUGUGCUUAAACUUUUGGGCCUUCUCAGGUAUUGUGUUGCCAAGAUGCCUAUAAAAGAUAGCAUCUUAAUGAGCUGAUACAGUAGAAAGUGAUUUUUGAGGAGAAAAAGGAGGGUUUUUUUUUUUUUUUUACGGAAAUAACAGAAACAUGGUGUUAAAUGUUUGACCCUCUGAAGGAACAGCUGUAAGGUGUUGGAUUUUAAAGGAUGGACUGUUUUGUUUUGUUUUUUGCAUUAAAUACCUUUAAACUCUCA